UGACGCUUGAAAUUUUUGCGAGGUAGCUGGUGCGCUAGUCUGAAUUUAGUGGUUUUUCGUUGCAAAAACAAGUGAUUUUGGUGUUUAUCCAGUUCCACAGUGCCACGAUGGGAUCCAAAAAGCACAAGAAACAUAAAUCCGAGCGUAGGGAGCGUGAAGAGAAAGCCAAUAUGCUGCUGGAGCGUCCGCCUAGUUUAAAGCUGAUUCUCAAGGUUAGUGGAAAUAGUUCCACUCCGGAGCAUGGAAAUGAUUCCCCGGCUUACGGUAUUCAGCAGGACUUGGGUGUGGCCUCGUUUUCCGGUGAAUAUUCGGGAGAGCGUCAUAAGAAGUCCAAAAAGAAGAAAAAGAAGAAGGAUCGUGAGAAGAAGCACAAACACCAUAAGGAGAAGCGUCGCCAUCGGGAUGAUUCUAGCCAGGAGGAUUUCAACAGCGUUGGGGAUGAAAGUUCGCAAGCUGCACCGGAACCGAAUGCUUUCUUUGCGGCGGCAGCAAAUUCUGUUAGCCCGGGAAAUUUGGCGUCCCUGCCAGUGACGAAACCGAUGAUUCCAAUCAAAAGUCCCGAGCCGGAAGCAGUAAUUAUUCAGCAACCGGUUACGCCCGCCACUCCGGCCACCCCUGCCACUCCGGCGACAUUGAUGAGGGAGGAAAUUAAUGCCCCCAGCUCGGUAACGACAGAGGAUCCGAUGCAGAGCCCAGGUUCAGUGCAUUCAACUUCUCGUCCCGGUAGUAAAAUGGAUUUUCUUGAUAUGGGCUCGAAUCAGGCACCCAAGACACCCGGAUCGGAUUGUAGCGGUCGAGAGCAGCGGACCUGCGUGCUAAAGCUCAAGCAGAGUCGAUCUCCGUUGGCACGGUUGUUGGAUCAUCUGCUUAAGGCGUUGGAAAAGCGUGACCCGCAUCAAUUUUUUGCCUGGCCGGUGACGGAUGAUAUAGCUCCUGGUUAUUCGACCAUUAUUAACAAGCCGAUGGAUUUUAGCACCAUUCGACAGAAAAUUGAUGACAAUGAGUAUGUUUCGCUGUCGGAGUUCAGUGAAGAUUUCAAGCUGAUGUGUGAGAAUGCAAUCAGAUACAAUCAUUCCGAAACAGUUUACCACAAGGCAGCCAAAAAGCUUCUUCAUGUAGGUGCCCGUCUUUUGCAACCAGAAAACCUGGUGAGAUCUUUACGUCCGCUAAUGACGUACAUGCGUGAACUGACACCGAAGGAGCUUGGAUUUGAGCUUCCCGCCGCUACCGACAAUCAAGACAACGAGCAUCACACACUCGAUUCAGCAGAUGAAGCAAUGGCAGCUGCCGUGGACGAAGGCAUCAACGCACAGAUUAAUGCUCAAAUCGAGGAGGACGAAAAGCGGAAGCAGAUUCGGUUGGAAAAUAAUCCGAACAGCAAAUUCGAACCGUUUGUGGAUGAUUUGACGGCUGAAGAAGUAUUACAGCAGGUUCAAAGUGCAGCACUCAAUGCUCGGACUAAACUAAUGAAGAAAAAGUCCGCUAACAAGAUUGGAUUUUUACGACAGUUAAAAGAUGGUACGACGACGAUGAAUAUUCUAAUUGACAACGAGAAUAACACUCCGGAGAAGGUUGUCUCGUUGGAAGCUUUUACCGGUAAGCUGCAGUAUGGAACCGCUCUGUUGCAAGGAUUUCGCGAGGAUCGGCGGAAUUUCGCCAAAACUGUUAAGCCGCUCAGCUACGGUUCGUUCAGUUCUUUUGCGCCAGUAUUCGAUUCACGUUUUUCCAACCUAUCGAAAGAGGAAUCGGAUAUGGUUUUGAAAACUUAUGGUGACGAAACUGGGGCAGAUUACGCGGAAAGCAUUUUGAAGUACACCAAGGGUAGUCCGUAUGCUGGCGGAAUAGCACAUAGUUUGUUGGAUAUAUUCACUAAUAGUGAGCACCGAAAAACGUUUGCCACUUUGUGCGAGUCGGACAUGCAACGGCAGGAGAAGGAAGCGGUAAAGCAUACAUUUCCGGAACCAGCCGAGCGCGAGAUCGAGCGGCAAAAGCUUUCCGAUACCAAAAUAGACUUCAACCAACUCCGUACACUGUCCAGCUUGGGAGUGGAUGUUCAGUUUCUGGACGAUUUGGAACAGCAACUUGAUUGUGCUAGCAUGACCACCUCCCUGCAGCAAGCGCUUAUCGAAAACUCCGAUCUGAUACAGAAGUUGCACCAGAUUCAAACCAACCGCUUAUCUGCCCCGCUUCCAGCCCAUUUAUCCUACGUACAGCGAGCUGGCGAAAAUGAGAUCAACCUGGCCGUACAGAUCACAAACAAUUUGACACAGAUCGCGAAGCAGCUGCCCCCGCUGGCGAUUGCCCCACCGCAAGGGCUCCGGAAGGCGAUGGGUUUGAGUAAUGUUGGCCUGGAAGUAUUCCCCAACCCACCGGUAGGUGUCAUUAACCCUCAGCCUAAUGGUGGUCCUGUUCAGCACGCACACAACGCCAGCAUUCCCUCGAAUGCCGAUAUUAUUGACACCACCCCGAUGGACAUGGAUCUGGAACCGGACGCGAUUUCUCAGCAGCAGCAGCAGCAGUUGCUGCAGCAACAACAGCAGCACCUUCAUCAACAUCAACAUCAUCAUUCAGAUAUGAAUCCAUCACAAGUGGUGGACAUUGACAGUGAGUUGCGUGAGCUGUUGAACAACAGCUCCAACGGGGAUACGGUAGAGUCCGAUGCCACCGCCAGCAUCGAACAGAUGUUGAUGGAUUGAAUGCAAGUACUAUCUUAGUGGAUAUGAAGAAUUGUGAAGCUCGAACUAAGAAUGUAGUACUGUUUUUAUUGCCUGAUCUGGAGGAUCAGAAUAAAUUUGGAAUCAUUCCAGA